UUGUCAAUCUAGUCACUGUACAGCCGGCCCACAGCACAACAACAUUUUUAGGCCUAUCUCAUCUGAUGCGAGAGAAAGAAGAGAGAGGGGGGAUGGAGUAGUCUAUUAAUGCUGCUGUCACAUUAUAAAAGCUGCUAGCUAGGCAGGGAGGCAUGUCUAGGCCUCAAACUGAGCAACAAGACUUCUCCGGUUCUCCCCUCCCAAACAGCUCAGCUCAGCUCUUGCAACAUACUAGCUGGUGCCACCAUGGAAGGCUUCUUCUCAACCCACCAUGAGCACCACCACUCCUACUAUGAAGACCCUGAGCCUCUUACAACCCCACUAGGCUUCUCUGCCUCCUGCAGAAACCUUGAGACAGCAGCAGCAGCAGCCAUGGCCUAUGAGAGCAGCAGCAGCUCACCAUUGGCAUCAAUGGUGUACUCACCACCAUUGCUGCUGCUGCAGCAGCAGGGGAGCUUCCCUCCCUUUGAUGAAGAUGAAGCUCUUCUCGCUGCUGCUGUUGGUGGUGAUGACAAGAGAAGGAUGGUUUCCAUUGAAAGAAGCGGCACUACUUCACUGGGCUCAGCUCAGGAAAUGGAUGGAAGUAGGAAGCACCAGAGAAACAACAAUGUGGCUAGUGUGAAGGAGAAAAGGCCAAGGGAACAUGGUGGUGCUGAUGUGGAUGUCAAGGAGGCACCAGCUGGAUACAUCCAUGUGAGGGCAAAGAGGGGCCAAGCCAGAGAUAGCCACAGCCUUGCAGAGAGGGUGAGAAGGGAGAAGAUCAGUGAGAAGAUGCUGUUGCUACAAAGCCUGGUUCCUGGCUGUGACAAGGUUACAGGAAAAGCCAUGAUGCUGGAUGAGAUUAUCAGCUACGUGCAAUCGUUGCAGAACCAAGUUGAGUUCCUGUCGAUGAAGCUUGCCAGUCUGAAUCCAAUGAUGAUGUAUGAGUUUGGAGUGGACAUUGGCAUGUACCCAGAUGCUCCACAGGUGAUGGCCACUGGUGCAGUGCCAGUACUACUCCCACACACUUCACUUGUUGAAACCACAGGACUUGCAGCUCAGAAUGGCAGCAGUGUGAGUGAGAUGCAGCAAUUGCAAGGGCUGCUGCAGCAGGAGGAGUUCAGCUGCUUCUUUGAUCAGUAGGACAGGCAAUCAGGCAGGAGGAGAAACUAGAUAGCUUAGAUAGCCCUCAUUUUGCAAGUAACUAAGCUCAGCCUCCUGUCCUGCUUGCUGGGUAGCUAUUAGAAUGAUUUAGCAGUUUGCUGUCCUCUGCAAAUCACACACACUCUAGCAACUUGGAUGCUUUUGAGAAAAUCCUAAGUACUAAGGCAGCAGCACCGAUGAUCGAUCGAUAUAAGAUAAAUAGUACUUGUAGCUAAUUGGGAGCAAGAGUUCAGCAAGUGAAGUCAGAUGACCAAGCAGCAUAAUUAGAUUUGCUGAGCUGAGCUGAAACGCUUUGGACGAGAUUCAGAAGGAGAUCUGUGUCAAAGGAUCUCUUGCUGGGCAAACCAUUGGGUCCAUAAUUAGAUUUCUUGCUGCAGGAAGAACAGUCAGCAUCAAGCCCAGCAGCUUUGUUUGACCAUCAGUAUACUCCUCCUCCUUACCAAGGCGCCAUCAAUUCCUUUUUCUUGCAGUGCACGAUGUAGCAAGACGGGGACAUGUACUGUUGCCUUGCUUCAACAGCUCCUGGUCUGGUCUCUGGUCUCUGAUCAUCCUAUGUUUAUAUGUGUUGCAUGUGUAGAUAUGUGUGCGCAGAGUGUGUACUUCUUGAUACAGCCUGAUAUUGAUAUGACUUGGCAUCCUUUCUCUAUCUA